AUGGUGAAGACCGCCAUCAAAGUUUACGUGCGAAACCGUCCGAGCGUGAAGCCUCUGUCGGGUCUCAAGAUCGAUGCGGACGGCAAGGGCAUUUCGAUCGCCGGGCACGGCGCGCAGACGGUGACGGGGGCCGCCCGCACGUCCACGCACACCUUCAAGUUCGACGGGUGCUUCGACGGCGCGGGGCAGGACGAAAUCUACGGCGAGGUCGCGGAGGAGGUCGUGGACGGCACGCUCGCGGGGUACAACGGCACCAUCUUCGCGUACGGCCAGACGGGCGCCGGGAAAACGUAUACCAUGUCAGGCCACCCCGCGGCGUACAGCCGCCACCGCGGCAUCAUUCCGCGCGCGACGGCGUCGAUCUUCCGCGAAAUCGACCUCAAGGUCGAGAAGGAGUACUCCGUCAAGGUCAGCUACCUCGAGAUCUACAACGAGGCGCUGUACGACCUCCUGGCCGACUCCCCCGGGGGGCAGGACCUCACGAUCGUCGAGCGCGGCGGCAACGUGGACGUGCAAGGGCUGAGCAAGGUCGCGGUCGCGAGCGAGGAGGAGGCGCUCGAGCAGUUCUUCCGCGGGGAGCAGAUGCGGUCGACCGCGGAGCACGUCCUCAACUCGGCGUCCUCGCGCUCGCACUCGAUCUUCACCAUCCACGUGCAGGCAGCCAACACGGGCGUCGGGCCGGAGCGCGCGGUGCUCUCGAAGCUCAACCUGGUCGACCUGGCCGGGAGCGAGCGCACGAAGAAGACCGGCGCGCUCGGCCAGACGCUCCGCGAGGCGUCGUACAUCAACCGCUCGCUGUCGUACCUCGAGCAAGUGGUGCAGGCGCUGACGCGGCGGGACCGGCACGUGCCGUUCCGGCAGUCGAAGCUGACGAGCGUUCUGAAGGACGCGCUCGGCGGGAACAGCCGCACGGUGAUGGUCGCGAACAUCUGGGGCGAGGACGAGCACCUUGACGAGACCCUGGGGACGCUGCGCUUCGCCACGCGCGUGCGGCUGCUGCAGACCGACGCGGUGGUGAACGAGAGCAACGACCCGGGGUUCCUCAUGCGGAAGUACGAGCGAAUCAUCCGCGAACUCAAGCAGGAGCUCGCGAUGCGCGACUCCCUGAUGGGGCGUGCGCAGGUGUCGUACGACGACCUCUCGGACGCGGAGCUGCGCGACCUGCGGAGCCUGAUCAACCGCUUCGUCAAGGGCGAGGUCAGCGACGAGGCCCUGCCCACGGACACGCUCAAGCGCGUGCGCGAGACCUACCGGAUGUUCCGGGAAGUGUGUACCGAGACUCAGCAGCGGGCGCACGUGGCCAUCGAGCGUGCCAAGUCGAUGGCGGGCGGGCACCUGGCGGCGGGGCACGACGACGGCAUCGACGACGCGUCUGAUUUCGACGAGGCCGCGGACGACGGGGUCGGCGACCUGGACCGGACCAUGGGGGGGUUUCACGCGGGCGUGGCGCCGUCGAUGGCCAAGCCGGCGGAGGACGCGGUGACGCCGCGGGCCGGGGGCGCGCGGUCGCCGUCGCGGCCGGGGUCGACGACGCCGGACGGCGUGCGGUCGGGCCCGCGGGGCGCGCGGACGCGCGGCGCGACGGCGCACGCAGGGCGCGACGUUCCGGGGUCGCCGGGCGGCGACCUCGGGACGCGCGGGGCGGCGUACGAGCGGUACAAGCAGACGGAUCCGACAGGGCGGGAGCUCGCGGCGCGGCUGCACGGCGCGCAGGAGGAGCUGCGCGGCGCGAAGGCGUCGCUGCGCGAGGCCACGGACGGCGUCAACCGGUGCAAGGGCAACAUCGACCGGGUGUCCGCGGCGGUGGCGGCGCGGCGCGAGCAGGCCGGGACGCAGGCGGAGAUCACGGACCAGGAGUUCUUCGACCUGCUGACCGAGCUCAAGGGCCACAAGGUGCAAUACCGCCAGGAGUUUGAUCGCGUGAAGAACCUGCGGACGGAGAUCGAGGGGCUGCAGGGGCAGAUCGCGGAGGUGAAGGCGGACAUGGUGGCGGCGUUUGAGCGCUGGCUGGAGCACGGCGGCGGGGCGGACAUGUUCAGCGGGCGCAACCUCGACGCGGAGGGGUAUGGGGACGAGGACGACGGGGGCGACGGCGGGGGGGCGUCGGACGACCCGUACGAGGUGGCGAAGAGGACGGCGCGGCUGCGGAACGCGCGGGCGCGCGGGCCGGGCUUCGGGGGCGCGCGAGCGGUUGGGGAGAACGCGCGGAGGAAUGAGCGCAACCUGAAGGCCAUGGCGCUCGCGUGA